AUGGCAACCUUACAGGACGCCUCGGACAUGGCGUUCAUGCGGAUGGCCAUUACAGAGGCGCAUCGAUCGCAACCUUGCGAAAGUAAUACGCAUGCAGAGCAAGUGGCCCUGACUAAACUUGAUUUUAAGGCGGACGGCGCUACCGUCUACACAACGAUGGAACCGUGUAGCAAGAGGUUGUCAGCCAAUGUUCCAUGUGUACAAAGUUGCCUUCGUGCGGGAGUAGCUCGUGUGGUCAUUGGUGUGAUGGAACCAAAGACGUUUGUCAUCUGUAACGGAGUGCAAUUGCUUCAGAAUGCGGGUGUGGACGUAAAGCUACUCAAGGGCCUCGAACGCGAUUGUCUUGCUCCAAAUAAACAUCUUAAUAUUGUAUUUUAG